AUGCUCGGACUCCCGCAGAAUAGCUGGGGUUUCCACCAGAACAACAGCGACCUCGCUGGCUCCAAAGGCCAUUCUCGCAAAAGUGUACAAGUGGCUCUCAUCUUGUUCGGCCACUUGAUUCUCUUGGCUUUGGGUUGGUCUUUCAUCGCGGUCUUGCUUUGUGACGAGUACCGGCAGAUUACACUCCCGGACAUUGCCGCCCAAUUGGCAAUCGAAAACCCCCGGGCAGUAACGUACAUAGCCAGCCUCGCCGCCACUGCGCUGAGUCUGCUAUCGACCUGGCUCUUCUCCAAAGCUGUGCUGAUGCUGCUGACCACGACAUUGCUUCAAUCGUCAGAUGUGAAUACCAGGAGGAAGCCUGUCUACAUGAGACAAUUUGGUUUCCUGGUGACGCUUUCGAGUACUCGCCCUUUUCUGAAUGCUAGUUAUCCCCCGUGGGUUGCUCUCUCUAUUGUUGUACUUCUGUUGGUCAAUACUACUGCAUCCGGCUGGACCGCCCUCUUGGACCCGACCCUCAUUCUUGUGCCAGGAGAGGUUAAAGGGAGCGAGGUCGACCUCACCACGGCUGCUUUCGAAGCCCUCCUGGACUCCGUAUCAAUAUACCAGAAUAAUACUCAUAAAACGAUUGCAAGAGAGACUAAUGCGGCUCAGGAGCUCUUAAGUGUGGUGACAUUGGCGGGGGAGUCGGCUUCAGGCGCCAGUCUUGGCUCACGAAGCUUCUUUGACUUUGACGGUGCAACUUACAAUCUCUCGACCGGUAAAGCGUUCAAUUUCCAAGCUCAAUAUUUUACCAUGGCUGAAGCUAUUCCUGAGUACGCAGCUAGCCAAAGUCGAGCGCAUUCAGAAGGCUGGGGCCUCACCUACGCAGGCGGAGAUAUCCCCUUGGACACGGAGGUGGACACUAUUAGACAGGGAUUGUCACGGAAUUACACUGUCCGUCAACAAGGUCUUACUGCGAGCGUUUCUUGCACUCACUUACUACCCGGAGAAAUGACCAUGGGAGGUGAAUAUGCACCUUUAUCGACUCCGCUUUCAACCCCGUGGAUUGGUGAUGUAGGAUAUCGAUACUGGGAAAUGAAUGUGUCCUGCAAUGCUGCUAACCUCACUCUGACAUACGGUUAUAUUACCCAGACUUCCUCCUCUGGCGACGCGGACUGCAUCGGCACCGGCUUUCUUCCGAUUAUGCCAUGUCCGACCCAAAGUCUUACGGGUGCUGACAACAAUAGUUUCAAGGCAGUCAUCAAUAUGUGGGGCAUUUGCAAGUACGGUUCGAUUGGGACGACUCUCUGUCAAGUGACCCCGCUUGUCACCGAUGCAAUUGUUGUAUAUGACAAUGGCAUUAUCAAUCAGCAACAUAUCAUAGCAACGCGCUCUCUGGGCGAAACCAGCCCUGCGCUUAUGGCUUACAUCGUUGGACUGGUCCAGCAGGUUGGGCUGACAGCCCAGGGUAUAGUAGGAAAUCCUGUUGGCGACACGAUAAACUUGAUGGUGUCGUCUCCACCCGACGCAAACGGCACGUCAUCAAAUGCAUCUCAAGCUUCAAUCAACAACGUCUUGCUAUGGCCUCAGGAGAACUAUUGGCGGGGCGUGAUUGAGUUCGGAGGCACUUACCUACGUUCCGGAUUCUCAGCCAACGGAAACCUCACAGCAGAUAUGAAGUCUUCCUUCAGCGGCGAGGUUUAUGUUCUGACGAUAGGGUGGUCGAAGGGGUGGUCCGACCGAGCUGCCAUAGCGCUUAUCCUCACCAUGCUCCCCCAAACGAUGGUCUCGCUUCUGACACUUCUCAUUUUAUAUCGAUCUGGGGGUGAUUAUCUUGGGUUUCUUCCAGACUUUGACCCGUCGAACAUCUCCGAUGCACUAUUGGCCAAUCGCGUUAACGAGCAGGGUGAAAAAGGGAUUCUUCCUCGAACUCGUGCUGAUGCAUUGGCCGAAACAAAAGUAGAGCUCAGCAUCCAUCAUGACGGGAGGAAGAUAUUGACAUUGAAGGGUUGAAGUUUUAUCAAGCGUGAAUAGCGGUGUGCUUGACAAUAGUACCUAGUCAUCGAUAUUCAAUCAUGUUCGUUGCUAAAUCAUAGUACUUUGCAAGUACUUUGCUAUUUUGUCAUCUGGUUUCUUGCUACAUACAUCUAAAUAC